AUGAUGGUUGCGUUUAAUGUUGACUCUGGGAUUAGCAUUCUGGCUUCGAAGCCAUUCAAAUUCGUCGUCGGGCCUAAGAAGAAGCAAUUCUUAAUGCAUGAGGCUGCGAUAACAAGACUUUCCAAGACACUUGACAAACUCUUGAAUGGGGGCAUGAAAGAGUCGAAAGAGCAUUCUGUUUGUUGGGAGGACAUCGAUGAGAAAACCUUUCUCCGCUUUGGCGAAUGGGCUUACACGGGAGAUUACAAGCCUGAAGAACCGGAGAUCCUUUUGGAUGCUUCUCAAAUUGCAUUUUCUAAAAAGGAUGUGAAAAAUGCAACGCCUAGCAAGGCAGAGCCUGUCACCAAAUGCCUCGCUGCAUUCACUUCUACCAUAGUAACAGGUCCCUUCGUGCAUUGUGGGCGGGAUGCGACUUCAUCAACCACCAUAUCCUGCGGUAUUUGUACUACCAGUUUUUCCACCCUCCGCUGUCACAAUUAUUGUGGUACGUAUCAAUUUUCUACUUGUCCGCGAUGCCGAGGCGGCAGCACGCCGAAAAAGAAAACACUGGUCGAGAAAUUCAACAACAAUUCCGCAUAUGAAUCUCCAACUACGCCUUUCACGCCUCGCAAGAACACUGAGAGCUGUGAAGAUUACAGCGGAGUCUUCCUCUCUCACGCUCAGCUGUAUGUCCUGGCGGAUAAAUACGAUAUCAAAGAGCUGUGUGAUCUCUGUGCGCAUAAACUCUGGGCCACCUUGAAGGAAUUCGUACUCUAUCCAGAGCGCAUGGGAGACGUUGUUGGCCUGGUGAGAUACACGUUCCAGAACACGCUGGAGAGCGACAAGCUGCGUACUCUGUUGAAGGAUUUCUGUGCCUGCACUGUAGAAGAAUUGUGCAAGGGCGAAGGUUUUCAAGAUCUGAUCUGCGAAGCCCCAGAAUUUGCGUCUGAGUUGAUUAAGGAUAUGAGCAUGCGACUGUGUUAA